AUGCGAUACGUGCUUUUCUCACUCAGUGCAUUUGCGCUGUAUGCGAUCUUCUACUUUGCCCAUAUCAAUGGCUUGGAUGAGCUCGCAGGCGAGGCUGUCGCAUCUGGGAAGCUUCCGGGCGUGAAUGCACCGAUUCGUACUCACUUCACUGGGGUCAAGUCUGUCGACCAUGUGUUGACGGUGCUGACGGCGUUCUUCUACCCAUUCCUCGAUGGGCAAAGCCCCGCGCUUUUGCUUCACGGCGUCGGUUUCUCGGGCGCAUUUGGGGCGGCCUGGACACUCGUGGUCUUGGAAUCAUGGCGGAGAGGUAAUGCAGGAACAGUAGCUGCGUAUCCUGCCAUCUUCGGUCUGGUCGCACAGCUGAUGACCUUCGCCUUCGCCACCCCUCUUCUCCUCGGCCUGCACUUGGGUUGUUCGGUCACGGCACGUCGUCCCACUGCCGAUAAUAUCCAGGUUCCCCGGGUUGUCUUGGCCGUGCUGCCUUUUGUCUUCUUGAUCGGAUACAUGGUGCCCACACAGACCAUGGUUCUUCCGGCCCCAUCCACCAUAUCCAUCGACAUGAAACAGCUCGCAAUUGCCUUCUGGCAGCCAUGGCCCGCCUAUGUCUCGAUUUUGACCACGGCGGCCUAUUAUGCGCUUUCGCCUUUCUUCCACAAGAGCCACCGCGCAUCCAUGUCCAGCUUACGUUGGGUCUACGCAUCGGCCUUUGCGAAUGCAACUGUUGCCCAUCUGAUCACCCUGGUCGUAUCUGUCGCAUCGCUUGUUGCACCGGCAAUCUUCAACCCGCAACAUGUCAACCAGUUUCACCCGUCGAAAGUCUUCGUCAUUGCUUUUCCGUGGUCGGGGGUCAAAGUCCAGACGGUCGCCGAGGGCGUGCAUUACUUCCUGCGAUGGGACUACCUGAUUGGCUCUGUGGGCGUCUUACUCUGGGCCUGCAAGCUCUAUACUGUUGCGCACAAGCAGAUUCUGAGCACUGUUUCCGUGACAGGUCUCCUGGUGAAGGUGGCGCUCUUGACUGUGGUGUCAGGCCCUGUCGGGGCUGCUGUGGAAUUGAUGUGGGAGCGAGACGAGCUGGUCUUCAAAGAGACUAGCAGCGCGGGUACUGGUUUGCGUAAUGUGGCAACCAAGAAGUAUAUUUAG